CUGCUUUGCAUCCGCUGUUCUUCUGCUCUCAUCAGCAUUCCUGGCUGCAAUCUCAUCAGCAUUCCUGGCAGCAAUCUCAUCAGCUUCCUGACAGCAAUCUCAUCAGCUUCACUUAGCUGCAGCUCUGGUUACGGAGGGAUGCUCUCACACCUGGAUGUCAUCAGAUUCUCAGCUCACACGGCCCCCCUCAUUCACCAUGCUCUCUUCUUGCUGUUCUCUCUCAACCCUGUGUGAAAACCCCACCUCUUCAUGAAUGUGAAGGCUGUGUUAAAAAACCCCACCUGU